CUAUUUGGGAACGUAGAAACAUCUGAUUGUAGUCACCAUGGCCAGAACAGCAGUUUUAGCGUUUGUCUUCCUUUCCUUGAUAGCUAUCGCUUUCUGUGUAACAGAAGCACCCGCGGCAGAGCCAACAGUCGCCCCAGCAGCAGGAACCGAUGCUCCAGCUCCUGCAGCAGGAACUGAUGCCCCAGCCGCUGGAACAUCAGCACCUGAACCCGAACCAUCCGCCAAAUCCGCCGCUCCCGAACCACCAGCAACUGAAGCACCCGAGCCCGACAGCAAUGCUGGAGGCCGCGUAACUGCCAGUCUAGCUUUCAUCGCCUCUUCGAUGUUUAUGGUAAUCAUGGCAUAAGAAAUACAGGGAAAGAAACACAAAAAUAAAUUCCAUCCACCCUCGUGCUGAGUCACUAUCAACUUACCCAGUAUCUGACACCAAUGUCGUCAUGACAACAUGAAGAUGGCAUGCCGGCUGUCUGAAGAUAAACGAUGACAAACGAAAUCCACCCGUCACGUGACCUUGAAGCGCGUUGUAGGCACGAAGUUGUUGUUGAGGCUAGGGUUGUAUGCCUGCCAUCGCGAUUCAGUUUGAACAUUCGGAAGUCACGUGUCGCCUCAACAACAAUUUUGUACCUUAUCAUCCAAGAAAAGAAACGAUUGAAUUGUGGAGGAACAAUCUCCUUAAAAAAAUUGUAGUGUCACCUUGUUGUAUACUAAACGUGAAUAACAAAAACGUCCAAAUGAUGCGCAUGAGUGGAAAUUACCAUGGUAACCAUGAUUAGCUGAGUGGACGUUUUAUAGCACAAGCUACAGUGCCUCUAUCUUUACGUUGUUGCUAUGGUAAUCCUGAGGAAAAUAAUCUAUCUUGGGUGUCAUUGUGUUACGAAAUGAGCAUUACAUGCCCUUUCAAGAUAACUGUAGAGUUCCAGCCAGCAUGGGAUGUUUGAACAUUCCAUGAGGCCGCUGCAGAUGUGUGAAAAUACGUGAUUAAGAUGUGAGGCGACUUGUACGAGUAGACAUUGUAAUAAAACCACAUUUUAUCUUGA